AUGUUACAGGUAAUAGAUAAUACACGAGCAGGUUUUCUUUGUCCAAAAUGCCAUCAAGAUAUGUCAAAUAUGGAAAUGUUACAAAUACAUUUUCAAAAUGUACAUAUGAAACAAUCUUCAACAACAGUUAAAGGUUUGUUUUCAUUGGCAAAACAAAAAAUCAAAAAUGUUCAAGAUAAUUUUCAAAAUUCUAAUGAAUCAUCAAAAAUUUAUGCACAAUACUUUUCAUUUAAUUCAAAUGAUUCUUAUUCAAAAAAACAAUGUAUAGGAUAUGCUCGUUCACAUAAUACUUAUUUUCAAAUUAUACGAAAAGAUAAACAUAAUCAAAUAUUUAUUCAUAUGAGACAACUUUUACUUCGAAUUGAAUUAUUAACUAAUACUAAUGAACAUAUACCACGUAAUGGAAAUAGUAAAGAACGUCGAAAAUAUGAACAAAGUAUUGUUGCAUGGAUGGAAGAUUCAGUUGCAUCAAUUUGUGCAUCAUGUUCUAAAUCAUUUGGUUUAUCUCGACGAAAACAUCAUUGUCGUCUUGAUGGAUUGGUUAUUUGUAAUCAAUGUUCACAAUUUCUUUCAUUUUCUAUAGCUCGAUGUAUUAUCGAUUCAAAUAUACCAACCUCUUCAACAACCAAUAGUCUUGCAAUUCAACGAUUAAUUAAUCUAAAAAGUAUAAUUUCAUCAACAAUUAUUAAAGAUCGAUCAAAUGAAGAUUAUCUUCGUAUUUGUAUAUCUUGUGCACGAUGUUUACAAAAUAAUUAUCGUCAAAUAUGUUUUAAUAAUAUUCAAAAAGAUGAAGUAUUUCAUCAUUAUGAAAAAAUUGUUCAAGCACAAAAAGAAUAUAAUAAUUUUCAUUCAACAUAUUUACCUAUAAUCGAUUCUCUUUUAAGUGGAGAUACGAAAUAUCAAAUCGUUGAUGCUCAACAAGUAUAUCGAGAAUUAAGUGUUAGUUAUGAAAAAAUUGAUUCAAUAUCAAAACAAAUUGUCAUAUUAGCAGAUAAAUAUUCAAAUAUAAAUGAAAAUGAUAUUACAUCGAAAAAUCGUUAUCCUACACUUUGUCGUAAUAUUCGUACAUAUUCGAUACAAGUUUUACAAAAUUUUUCAGUAUCAACUAAACGUGUACCAAGUGAAGAUGAUAUAAAACAAGCACGCAAUGAAAAACAAAAACGAUUAGAUAAUGAACGUAUGAUAAAAAUAUUUUUAAAUAUUCCAGGAAUUAAUCAUAAUUCAUUAGAAAUAUCAGAAGAAUUAGAACCAUUUAUUCAACAAUAUUAUCAAAUAACACAAUUUAUUGAACAAGCUAAAAUAGCUGGACGUGAUGAUGAAGUUAAAUUAUUAGAAUUAAAUUUACAAGAACUUACACAAGCAAUAAGUAUUCUUCAUCAAAAUUGA